AUGGUCUCACCUGCUGUUAAGCACACGAUCGUUAAGAAGCGCACUGCCAAGUUCAAGCGCCAUCAAUCCGACCGUUUCGCUCGCGUUGGCGAAUCGUGGAGAAAGCCCAAGGGUAUCGAUGGCCCCGUACGUCGUCGCUUCAAGGGUCAGAUCCCCAUGCCCAAGAUUGGUUAUGGUUCGGCCAAGAAGACCCGCCACAUGUUGCCCAACGGUUUCUUAAAGUUCACCGUCAGCAACGUCAAGGAGCUCGAGCUUUUGUUGAUGCACAACCGCACCUACGCCGCCGAGGUCGCCCACAACGUCUCUUCCAAGAAGCGUGUCGAGAUCCUCGAACGUGCUGCUCAGCUCAACGUCAAGGUCGUCAACGCUGGUGCUCGUCUCCGAUCCCAGGAGUAA